GCGCAUGCCCGAUGCGUGCGUGUUCCUGCUGAGAGCUGCACUUCCGGUGAGCGGAGAUCAGGGACACCGCGGGGCGCGCGCUACAGAACCGAACCGAACUGGAGUCGCGCGCUGCUCCACUCACACACCCCGCUCUCACCCAGAACCCGCAGAAACGAACAUGUCCAACAGCGGCCUGAACUCCCAGAACCGAACCGCCGGGUCUUUCCACACCAACGGUCCUUUCCAGAUACCCGCCGCCCAUCAUCCCCCACCCCAGCAGGGCUUUCCCACAAUGCCACAGCCCAAAGCUCCGCCUCUGCCCGGCCAGGAUUACUACAAUUCCAGGCCGUAUCAGCCGGCCCCUCCGCCCGUCAGCCAAUACCACGGCCCCCCCGGCCCCUCAACCCCCAGCCGGCCACCGGAGGGCGCUGCGCUACACAACCACAGCAUGCCCCCCCCACCACACACCCCCCCACUGUCUAACAGCUACAGCCAGCACCUGCAGCCCCGCCCCGGGCCCUACACGCAGCCGCCCAAUCAGCUCACCCCUACUCCAAGCCCGGGAUUGGUUCAGACAUCCGUGGCCUACAGCUCGGCAGCUAUGACUCCGCCUUUUCCCAAAGCAUUACAGUCUUCAGCCCCGCCCCCUGGGCCUGCUGCUAACCUCGCCAUGCCAGUGGGUGGAUCUUACCCGCCCCAGCCCGGGCACGCUGGCACCUCCUACCCUUCACUGCCGCCGGGCUACCAGAGCAUGCAGGCUCCGCCCUCGACGUUACCCACACCCCCUCUGACCCAGCAUUACCCCCCACAGCCCCAACAGUACCACCAGCCUCCUGCAGGUCCUGCUCAGCUGAGCUCGGCUCUGUCGGCGUUAAGCCUGCAGUCUCAGACGCCUGAAGCCCUGCUGGUCCUGAACCUCCUGCAGGAGCGGAACCUGCUGCCCGCAGGACCCGUUCCUGCCCCGACACCCUGCUUACCUCAGGACCUGCAGAAACUCAACUGUAGCCCAGAGGUCUUCCGCAGUACUCUCACCAGCAUCCCUCAGACACAGUCACUGUUAAACAAAGCCAAACUGCCUCUUGGUCUUCUGCUGCACCCCUUUAAAGAUCUCUCCCAGCUACCAGUUGUCACAUCCAGCACUAUAGUCCGCUGUCGGUCCUGUAGAACCUACAUCAAUCCGUUUGUCUCCUUCCUGGAUCAGAGGAGGUGGAAAUGCAACCUGUGCUAUCGAGUUAAUGAUGUUCCAGAGGAGUUCAUGUAUAAUCCGGUCAGCAGAUCAUAUGGAGAACCACAUAAACGACCCGAGGUCCAGAAUGCCACCAUAGAGUUUAUCGCUCCAUCAGAAUACAUGCUCAGACCUCCUCAGCCGGCUGUUUAUCUGUUUCUUCUGGACGUUUCUCACAACGCUGUGGAAACAGGAUACCUGGAUGUCGUCUGUCAGUCGCUUCUAGAGAAUCUAAACUCUCUUCCAGGAGACACAAGAACGAAGAUCGGCUUGAUCACGUUUGACAGCAUGAUCCAUUUCUACAACCUGCAGGAUGGACUUUCUCAGCCACAGAUGCUCAUCGUUUCAGACCUCGAGGAUAUUUUUUUACCCACUCCUGACAGCCUUUUAGUGAAUCUCAGUGAAAGUAAAGAGCUGGUGCGAGACCUGCUGAAGAGUUUACCUCAGAUGUUCACAAAGACGAUGGAGACCCAUUCUGCUCUGGGUCCGGCUCUGCAGGCCGCCUUCAAGCUGAUGUCGCCCACCGGCGGCCGAGUGACCGUCUUUCAGACUCAGCUUCCGACACUGGGCGUGGGAGCUCUCAAAUCCAGAGAAGAUCCCAACCAGAGAGCAUCAGCCAAGGAUGUUCAACAUCUUUCUCCUGCAACGGACUUCUAUAAGAAACUGGCUCUUGACUGUUCUGGCCAGCAGGUGGCAGUGGACCUGUUUAUGCUGAGUGCACAGUACUGUGAUCUCGCCACUUUAGGAUGUAUCUCCAGAUAUUCAGCAGGAAGUGUUUAUUUCUACCCUUCGUAUCACACCGAGCACAACCCUGCGCAGACCGAGCGCUUCCAGAAAGAUCUGAAGAGAUAUCUCACGCGCAAGAUCGGAUUCGAGGCUGUUAUGAGGAUUCGCUGCACUAAAGGUCUCUCUAUUCACACUUUUCACGGGAAUUUCUUCGUUCGCUCCACUGAUCUUCUGUCUUUACCGAACGUGAAUCCGGACGCUGGGUUCGCUGUGCAGAUGUCUAUAGAAGAGAACCUGGUGGACAUGCAGGUGGUGUCGUUUCAAGCGGCGUUGCUCUACACUUCCAGCAAAGGGGAAAGGAGGAUUCGGGUGCACACCAUGUGUUUACCUGUGGUGAAUUCUAUGUCUGAUAUAUUUGCUGGAGCGGAUGUUCAAGCCAUUACCUGUCUGCUGGCGAGCAUGGCUGUGGACCGAUCAGUGACCGCCAGUCUGAGUGAUGCUCGUGAUGCUGUGACCAACGCUGCCAUCGAUUCACUGGUUUCCUACCGCAGCUCUGUGCUCACCAUCCAGCAGCCUGGACUCCUCGCUCCUGCCUGCCUGUGCCUUUUCCCCCUCUACAUCUUAGCCCUGCUCAAACAGAGAGCAUUUCGGACUGGGACCAGCACCCGACUGGACGAUCGAGUGUUUGCUAUGUAUCAACUGAAGUACCAGCCGUUGUCUUACCUCAUGCUUAUGAUCCACCCUGCCCUCUACCGACUGGAUGACUUGACUGAUGAGGGAGCUCUGAACAUCAACGACCGCACCAUCCCUCAGCCCUUAGCGCUGCAGCUCAGCGUGGAGAAGCUCAGCAGAGACGGAGCUUUCCUGAUGGACACAGGAUCAGAUCUGUAUCUCUGGGUGGGAAAGAGCUGUAACCCCACUUUCCUGAACCAGGUGCUGGGAGUCCAAAACUACGCCAACGUGCCUCUGAACCAGAAUCAGCUGCCGGAACUGGACACCGCAGAGUCCGCCAGAACCAGAGCGUUUAUUGGCUGGAUCAGAGAGCAGCGGCCGUUCUACCCUGUUCUACAUCUCAUCAGAGAUGAAAGCCCUAUGAAGUCCAGCUUUAUGCAGAAUAUGAUCGAGGACCGGACGGAGUCUGCGCUGUCGUAUUACGAGUUCCUGCUUCACGUGCAGCAGCAAGUCUCCAAGUAGGCGGAUCAGACGGAGAUACCGGGUUUUAGAAGCACCCAGAGAGCCUCCAGGCCGACCGCUCAGGCCGUGAACUGCAUAUUUUUGUUUAAGAGGAAUCGUGUAAUUUAAUCCCUUUUCAGAUCUUCCUCAGACACGGUAAAAGAUCCGUCACAGACAGUCGAGUUUAUUUUGCUGUAUGAAAAUAAAACAAUUUGAAUUUAUAUGUAAUAUUGGUUCAAAACGUACUGCUAUGAAGUCACUGUUUCUCCUUCACAUAACGCUGCAUAUUCAGCAUACAGCAGUUUAGCCCCGCCCAUUCAUACUGCACUAUUCUAAAUCAUCUUUCUGCUCCAGGACAGCCAAUCACAACAGAGCUUAUUUAUCUGUCCUAAAGGUGCAGUAGUGCAAAUUAUAAUGUUAAAUGUUGAGGGAUUAAUUGGUUGAAAACCGUUUGUUUUUGAGCUGCACAAAAGUGAAUCUGAAAUCAAAUUUAGAAUCCAGGAAUCAUGUAGAAUAUAAGAUACAGUGAAUUUGCUUAAAGUGGUACAAUUACACCACAGUGAGGCACCUACAUGCAGAGUUCUGAAUACUGUUUUUCUUAACAAAGAAGAACUGAAUAAUUAUGGAGAUUAGUGCAUAUUGUUAAUGAAGCACACUCUUGAUAAUUAAGAAAGUCCUGCAGGAUGAUCUUAAAGCUCUUUAUCCGGUAGUUUAGAGGGUUAAGUUUAAGGUAAAGGCCUUGUUUGGACAAUAUGUUUUUCUAGUAAUAAUUUCAAUAAACAAUAACAUUAUCAGUUUAAGACCAUUUUAUUCAGUUUUUAUGUAUAACGGGUAAUAUCGAGGUCAGCUAAAUUGGUCGAGCUCGUGGCCGUAUGUUUUACAAUACGUUUAAAAAGUAAUUAUCGUGACUAAAUCUUUUGAUGCAGCCGUGGAAGAAAAUUGCUAUUUAAAAACCCUCUCAUGCAGAGUGCAGUGAUUUUCAUUCAGUUUUUGCUGCACAUUAUCUAAUUAAUCAAGACUAAUUAUGCUAAUUGUAUAUUUACAGUCAGUGUUCUUUAAGCACAGAUUAUCCUUUUUAUGUUUUAAAAAAAUCUGAUUGUCUAUGAUAAGAAUAUUUAUCACAAUACAAUAAAAUAUCAUAUUGGUCAGCUCUGCUUUCUUUAAUAAAGUUGUAACCUUAUCUUCUCCUGUUAGAUCAGUAGGUAACGAAGAUGUUUAAUUUAUUACUGUUCCAUAUAUUGACCAAGUGCAAAAAGUAUUCCCUGGCCUAAUAAUUUAUUUUAAACAGAGCUCAGUUUUCUUUUAUUUUAUAUGUUUCCUGAGAUUUCAUUUUAUGUUUAAUGGUAAAGUACAGAUGCUUUAUAAGAGACUUAUAUUUUAUUGGGAUCCGGGAAAAUUCUUUAAUCUGUUUGAUUCCGGGGGCUCAGUCUUAGUCCUGCAGGAUUAGGUUGGAGUGAAGCCUGGACUGGGACUGGUCCUGUUUUAACUGUAUUAUGAGAUUAUCAGAACAAAUGAAGUGUUUGAGCCUUUUGUAAAAUCUACUGAUGGGCUUUGGGUAUGUAUGAAUGCAGAUAUUAUUCACUAUAAAUAAAGAAAAAUGACUUUGAAAGAAUGAUUACACAAAGUUAAUGUUUUUGUUUCCUUAUAAUCUUUUUGGAAUUAUUUAAAUAUGCAAAUUAUGUUUUGCUGUAUUUACAGAUUUGUAAUUUUUCCAUAAAACAAGCAAAUGUUCAUGUUGAAGAAUAAUGCCUUCAGGUAAAACAGUCCAUCCAUAGUUAUUAUUAAUUUACAGUUAUGAAGGAGUAAUUCUGAAUGUUUAAAUGGACUUAAUUUCUAUUUUACAUACUUAUACUUUAAUGAAUAAAAUUAAUGAGAGUAAUACUGAGUAUUGCUUAAUGCUCAUCACAGCCUCUUUAAUAAAUCUUUUAUAGAAAUUCCACUUACAGUUCUUUCAGUGUUUAGAGAAAUACCUUUCUAUGCUGUGGAGUGAACACCUGAGCUAGGAUGAUUUGUACAUUUGUCAACACUUUUGUAAAUGUGUAAACAUUUCUUAAAGAAUUAAAUCAUAGUUCUGUAUGAAAAGA